AUGGAUUCGCGCAAAGAUGAAGAGGCAACAAUCAAGGUCGCGCCGGCCAAGGGCACCGUUCUAGCCUCGAAGCCCCAUAUCUGGGGCAAGCUCAAGCUCAAGAAGCCGCCAGUCAAGCAAAUCAAGCCUGGCAAUUGGAAAGAGGCUACGCUAGUGGAAGACAAGAAGAAAGACAAAGAUGGCGGCGCAAUCAACGCUGCAUCGCCCGGCCCCGACGUGAACCAGCUCGACGACAGGGCCCGCGACACCUUUUCGAACGGUCGACCCCUCGAAGAUGUUCUCGAGCUCUUACAAUGCAAGCUGUGCAGGAAGGGCAUCAGCCGCACGGCCGCCAGGGAUCAUAUCGCCAAAUGUCUGCAGAUCAAGAAGGAAAAAGCCCAGCGAAAGAAGGAGGCCCGCGAAGCUCGCGAACGCCUCAAGGAGGCUGCUAGGGAAGAGGAAGCUCGCAGGCUUGAGGAGGAGGGCGCUGCUAAGGGUGAUGACGACAGUGACGACGACGAUGGUAAGGAAGGAGCCGGCAAAGCUGGUAAGAAAACUAAGAAGACCGAUGUCGCCGGCAAAAAGAGGAAGGCCGAAGGCGAGCUCGACAAGGGCAAAGCGAAAAAGAAGAAGGACGAACCCAAGCCCAAGGUCGCCAAGCCAAAGGGACCCGUUGAUGUGGAACGCCAGUGUGGUGUGCCGCUACCAAACGGCCAGCUUUGCGCACGCUCAUUGACGUGUAAGAGUCACAGCAUGAGCGCAAAGCGUGCCGUCCCUGGCCGCUCGCUACCCUAUGACAUGCUCCUGGCUGCCUAUCAGAAAAAGAACCAGGCGAAACAGCAGAAGGCAGCACUCGAUGCCAACGCCCCGUUGGAAGAUGAGGAUGAUCUGAACGCCGGAGCCGUCGACAGCGACGAGGAGACUGCCGCUGUCAUGUCGGCCCUGGCCAACUGGAACCCUCAACCUGUCGUACCGCAGCCAGUCUUUGCACCGCUUAAGAGGCAGUACCAGCUGGCUCGCCUGCACGAGCAGCUACAGGCUGCCACCAACGGUGGCCGUACGAACAUAUUCAAGGUUGUUGGUUUUGGCGCCCAGCGCCUGUCCGAUGGCCAUCUGGGCCUCUACGAUGCCGAGGAUGCCCCUGGCGAGCCCGACCCAGUUGGCCUGGGCAGCCUCUCGCGUCGCUCAUCAAGCAUCGUCGCUGGUGAGGAUGAUACAACACAGCAGGCACAGAUAGCUGCCGUUGAUCAUGAAUCUCAGAAGGAGGAUGCGCCGCUGGCUGAGGUGUGCAAAAAGCCUUGCUGGAAGCCCAAAGACCGGCCCGGAUCAGUGCUAGACCAGGAGUAUGUACCGAUGUCUGGUCGUUCACUCUCAAAGGUCACGAAGCUGAAAGCAACAGGCAGAGCUGCCGCAAACCGGCAGCCGAAGCAGUCACGAAGAGCGGCUUCUGCCAUUCCUGAGUCAUCAAAGCCGCUCGCGGAUGCACCGGUUAAUACCAUUGUUAGCAAGUCAUCCCCUGCAUUGCCGACUGCCACGCCGCUUUAUGCAUUCGCGAACCUCCCUACGACGGACCUUCGACUCCAACCCGCAGAGCUGGCCAUACAGGAGAUGCGUAAGAGGUUGAUUGCGGCAUCCAGCUCCUCUCAGAGUUCUAUUUCGUCGACAGGUGUACGUGCGCCGAGAGGUCGGAAGCGGAAGGAGGACAGGUCAAUGCCUGGGAUUCAUGGUAGUCAGCCCAUGGAAAAUAUCCAUCGAGCUACGGACGGUGUCCGCCAGACGCCAGAGAACAUGGCCCCGACUCCUAAGGAGAGCCCAUCGGAUUCGACUGUUGAGAUGCGGGUGUUGGAACUGGGCCAGCUGCUGGCCCAGGAGGAUUCACUGGCCAAGUCCAGCCCUGUUCUUCCUAAUACGCCAGUUGUUUCUCUUCUGGGGACAUCGCAGAACGGUGCUACCAAUGGCUUGAAGCAAGGCGUCCAACAUAUUCAGAGACAGAUGGCUACAAAGCCAACUUCUGUUUCUCGGGCAAUAUCACAUUCACCGAUGUCUUCUCGCCCUCUUUUCUCCGCUCCUUCCCCCCCUAUGAUGUCUCAUUCAUUGUCUCCUCUCACCCGUGCUGCGACUCCGAAAGCAUUGUCGUCGUCACCGUUGGUCAUGUCAAUGUUGCUUCCACAACAGCCACCCUCACACCCUUUUGUGUCGCUGCCAAGUGGAAGUACCCUCAGCCAAGCCAUGCAACAAUCGCCGAUCAUGACGUCGAUGUCCAAAUCUGGUCUGACACCUGCUGCCACGAGACAACCAUCCCCGGGAGUUAUGCCUCAUUCGCCUCCACCAAGACAGGGACCUGGCAGACCGCCCAAACCCAGGCCUGCCGACCCUGUCAGUCCAGUUAACCCGACCAGAUCCCCUAAUCUACCGAACGCGUCCUACCUGACAACACUUGGCGAUCUAUCGACAGGCAUGCAGCCGCCACAGCUGCCACAUAUGCCACAACAGCAAGUCCCGCGGGUCAAAUUGAAUCAGAUGCGAAACCAAGCACUGGCUAGUACUUUUUCACCUAGGCCGAGUUAUCUUCCUUCUCAGCGUCUGGAUCCAAUCCGGGAGCAAGCGAUCAAGCGUGCGGCAGAGAGAGCAGCGGGGCUUAGAAUGGCGCAGGCUCAACGGCAGCCGCAAAUGCAAGUGCACAUGAAUGUUCAGGCUCAGAGGACCCCUCAGCUUCAGGCUCGAACAUCUCCUCCAACUGCAAGCCCGGCUGAGACGCAAGGCCAGAUGCUAAGUGCAAGAGCCCAGGCUGAAGAUCAGGGGCAAAACAGGCUCCGCAUGGGGCAACCACAGGCGAACACACAGUUGAUGAGGAUAGAUGGGCCAGGGAUGGCUGCUGGAAUGAGGCAGCCCAUAGGGAACUCGCAGAUGGAUACGAUGCAACCACAGCGGCAGGUAAUGAACACUCCUGUUGUGCCAGCACCUCAAUCCUCGAGUCCACCCUCGGCAGAAAGAUCAUCCUCACAACCGCAGCCUGUCAGAGAUCAAAUCGACUCUGCGAGCGUUCAGGCGGAAGCAGCGCAAGAUGAGACGAUGAAUCUCGACAACGAUGAGAUGGACGACAUCCUCCGUGAGGUGAAAGCGCAGGCUGAAAGGGAGGCAGAACGUCAGAUGGCAGCGCUCUCCCGGACGAGGCCCCAAGCGCAGCAGCAGGCCCAGAAUCUGCGUUCGACUCAAAACCAGAGCCAGAUGCAUGCUCUCUCACCCGUGGCGUCUGAGUCUUCAUCGCCUUCUCUGGUCAUGUCUGCUAGCCUGCCUGGGUUGAAUGAAGUGAAUGUUCGUGCCACGGUAGCAGCUGCUGCAAAGAAAGUAGCUGGUUCAAUCUCGCCAGUAGCUAAUAUUUCUUCAGCAGCUACUGCUCUCUCUUCCCCGUUAGAUUGUCGCCCUUACACCACCACCAGCAUUCCGCGACCCAGACUGGCCACCACUGCACCAGUCCCACUCAUGGGAGCUACUGGUCCUCCGGCUGCAUCUGGCACGACUCAAAACAUAGGUAGUUUCCAUGUACAACAGCAUCGACAACGUCGGCAACAGCAACAGCUGUUGCAGCAGCACGCUCAGCAACAUCAGCAACGGCUGCAGCAGGCUGCUGUACACAACAACCAGCAGCCGUUCCGGUUCACGUAUCCUGCCGAAUCGAUGGCUGCUGCUGUGGCGAUUGCUGGGGCACAUAACCUCCGGCCAGUGGUUCCCUUGCCUCCCCAAGCAUAUCUUUUAAGUGCUAGUCAAGGUGGUGGGAGGUCUGGGUCUAGGGGAAGUAACAUUAGGAAUGGCUCGCAGGCACGGACCCAAGAACAGGGAUAG